UUCAUGUGGCAACAUUGUAAUUAGUGUAGUGUGUGAUAUGUAUGUGAUUAUUUUUUCAGAAAGCAAAAACAUAACCUUAGAAAAUGGUUUCUAAAAUAGUUUAAAAUAAAAUUAUGUUUUUUCUUAAAAGAUUGUUAAUAACUAUUCCACAUAUACAUAAAAGAGACUUUAGCAUACCAUCCCAAACAAUUGGAACAUUUACGAAAAAUGGUCGAAAAGAAUACCAGAACAAACCCAAUGAUCAUGAAACUCGAUACGCCGGAAUAUAAAUCAAUCUUUACCGAUGAAUUAAUUUCCCUAGUUAAUAUUUUUAAACAGUACGGAUACGAACUACGUGUAGCCGGUGGGGCUGUUCGCGAUUUAUUAAUGGGGAAGAAGCCCAAAGAUUUAGACUUCGCUACUACUGCAACUCCCGAUCAAAUGAAAGAGAUGUUUACGACAGAAAAUGUUCGUAUGAUUAACACGAAAGGGGAAAAGCAUGGCACGAUUACACCUAGGAUAAACGACAAGGAGAAUUUUGAAGUUACCACUUUACGCAUUGAUGUUACCACGGAUGGGAGACAUGCCGAAGUAGUGUUUACUACAGAUUGGUUGCUUGAUGCAAAUAGACGAGAUCUUACAAUCAAUUCUAUGUUCUUAGGUUUAGAUGGUUCGGUAUACGAUUAUUUUUAUGGUUAUGAAGACAUACAAAAGCGUAGAGUUGUUUUUGUUGGUGAUGCCAUUACGAGAAUUCAAGAAGAUUAUCUAAGGAUACUUCGAUAUUUUAGAUUUUAUGGAAGAAUAGCAAAAGUAGCAAAUGCACAUGAAAACGACACUUUAAAUGCCAUUAGAAAUAACGUGGAAGGCUUAGAACAAAUAUCUGGCGAAAGAAUUUGGGUUGAACUUAAACAGAUAUUGGAAGGAAAUUUUGCUGGUGAUCUCAUGGCAACUAUUAUAGAAGUAGGAAUUGCUCCAUAUAUAGGUAAGUCGCCCAAAUUCAAAAUUUCUAUUAUGUACAGGGUAGUUCAAAUUUGUGGCUCACCAUUGGGAUCACCGCAACGGUGA